UUUUUUUUAAUAUUUUCAUCACUUACCACAGAACCAAAUUAAAUGGCUAAUAUCUGUUAAUAAAACAGACAGUUUCCGUAAAUCAUUACAAUUUAAAACCCAAUUGAAUUUAUUUAAUGUUGACACCAAAUACUUGCUGUAAAAUUCCAUAAAUAUUUAAUUUUAUUUGUUUAUUAAAAUUCUGAUAUCAACUCUUCCUCUUCUAAUCAACAAAACCUGCUUGUCAUCUCUGUCUAAUUUGACAUUUCUCAUAUUUUGCCUGUGUUUUUUUUUGUGUUAAAAGGAAAAUUAAAAAUCAGUUUUCAGAAGAUUUCAGACAUGGCGAACCACGUGCAUGAUACCGUCUUCGAAAGGAGAUUACGUCCUAUUUAUGAUUCCCUCGAAGUUGGUAAUAACAAAAAGGCUCUUCAAGAAGCCGAAAAGCUUCUGAAGAAACAACCGACUUUGAUAUGUGCCCAGGCACUGAAGGCUCUAGCUCUUCUCAGAUUGGGUAAAUAUGAGGAAAGCAAUACCCUGCUAAAGAAUAUAUCACAGGAAAAGCCAACAGACGAUUCCACUCUGCAAGUUUUGUCGUUUUGUUACAAAGAAAUGGAACAACUGGACAAAAUAUGUGAAUUAUACAAUCACGCAGCUAAACAGUCGCCCGGUAAUGAGGAAAUUCUGGCUCAUCUAUUCAUAUCAUAUGUCCGACUGGACGAUUAUAAAGCACAGCAAUCGGUGGCCUUGCAAUUGUAUCGAGUGAAGCUUAUAAAUGCAUACUAUUUCUGGGCUGUAAUGAGUGUUGUUCUCCAGGGAAUUCGUGGACCGGAGAGCAAGAACCCAGAUAAACGAAAAUUGUAUCUAGCUCUGGCGCAACGCAUGGUCGAUAAAAUGAUUGCCGAGGACAAGCUUGAAGCCGAACAAGAAGCUCUUCUUUAUGUCACUAUUUUGGAUGAACAAGGCAAGAGUGAGGAAGCUUUGAAUUUUCUCAAUGGACCUGUUUGUGAAAAAUGUUAUCCCGGUGCUCCAUUAUAUUUGAAAAUUAAUCUACUUAAAAAAAUGCAAAUGUGGGAUAAAAUUAAUGUUAUGCUGAAGGAAUUGCUGAAAGAUGAUCGAGACCGUUGGGAUUAUUACCAAGAUUUUUUAACCAGUUGUUUUGAAUUACACAAAUCUCGAAGCGGUACUGAAAGUAUUGAAGAUGGCAUAUCCAAUAUGGAUGAAUGUCACGACUUUUUAUGUCAGUUAAUUGAAGGUGACGGCAAGCGUGUACGAGGACCAUAUCUCGCUCGUCUUGAGUUGCACAAGCGUAUGCGCGCCAAUCAAAUGGACGCCCAAGAACUUCUAGGUGAUUUCAUACAGCUAAUAAUUGAAUAUUUUCGGCUUUUCGGAGAUAAGUCUUGCUGUACUUCUGAUGUUACAUUAUUCCUUACAUCAGUUUCAUUGGAAGACCGGCUUUUACUUGCGAAUAAGUUGCUUCAAGAAACUGGAAUAUCUUCAACAUCAUUGCCCCAAAAUAAGGAACAGAUGCAAAAGCACAUAUGCUCACUACAAAUUUCCAGAAUUUGUGGUCAUUAUGUGGACCUGGAGACGGAGCAUUUGAUUGCAUUUUAUACAGCUUUGCGUUUGCAUUACGAACACGGACUCAGUGCUUUUGGCAAGAAUCUCUUGCCGACAGAUAUGGGACCAUCGGAUCCAUAUGCAUUGCUUGCUGCAAAUGUUAUGUACGACGUUUGUGUGAGAGAACAAAGAUCAGACAAGCUCUUCGAAGCACUGUGUCUUCUGCAAUAUGUUCUCAAAAACAGUCCCAGUAAUUUUCACGUUAAGCUUUUGUGCUUGAAAAUUUAUCAUAUUUUCGGGUGCAUCACAGGUGCGCAGCAAAUGUACGAGUCAAUCGAUAUAAAACACAUUCAGCUGGACUCAAUGGGUUAUAUUCAUUGCAAUUUGCUUCCACUGUGUGGCCGUCCAUCAAUAGCUCGUGUCGUCUUUGAUACAACAUUGAAGUUUUUCACCAACAGCUAUAAGGAACGCUUAGAAUACAUCGCAUUGACCUAUCGCUACUGUUCCUUUUCAAAACUUCAAGAAUUUCUCAAUUUUAAGGAGCGACUGACAAAUAGUUUGCAUUUUGUGUCCAUCUCGGUUGAAGCACAACUCGCCGAUUUGGUUUCUUUGUUCGGAUCGGUUCAACAAAAUCUUAAUACGUAUAGUUUAAUGAGCAUAGAACCUCAAGAUGACCGAAUCAAUUGGAAUGGCCUAUCUGAUAAUCGUGAUCUACCAGCUAUCGUACGUUGGGAUCCUGUACAUCUUGUAAGUCAUGAACAACAUCAGAGGGAAACUAUCGAACAAGAGCUCGAAGCGCUACAGUUACGUUCGUUGAUGUUGAGACUGGUAGCAUCAUUUGUCGAUCUUUAUCAUUUCAACAAUAGUAGCAACAUCAACAACAGCAGUGAAAAGACAAAAGGUGAAUCUAAUAAUUCAAAAGACACUGAAACUGUGGAGGUGCUGCGCGAAGGCUGGGAAGGACUAUUCCAACGAAUACGCUUGAUGAAAUAUGAAAAAAUUUCAAAUCAGUUUCUAGUCAAUUUGCUACCAUCGCGUCUUCAUUUGAUGCUCGAUCUGCCAUAUGAGAAAUUCUUCAGUGAUUUGGCAGGUUUUAUAUUGGAUUUGCAUAUAGGCUGUAUUAAGAUGGAGCAAUGUAAAGUGAUAAGUAACAAUGUGGAUGAUGUGGUUGCUGUGUUUUUGGAUGCUAUUAAAGAAAGUAAUAAUAGCGAAGAUAAUCUUUGGUGUCGACGGUCGGUUCAGCAGAGAAUUUCAGUUGCCAUUGAGAUUCUAUCCCUUUAUGCCUUUAUUUUGUCAAUUUGCCACGAGAGAUUCGCGAUAUCAUCACAAAAUUCACAAAAUAAAAAGCAGAAAAAGAAGGAUAACAAAUCAAAUCAGAAUGAUGAGAAUUUGGCUACAAAUAUCAUGAACGAAAAGGAACGAAUGCAGCUGAUAGUUGAAUUAAUGCGCCAUCUUAAGCAACAUUUACAAAAUUGUGCUAAUUCUCUUGCUGGUUGGAAGCCACCUCACAUACCAACAAAUUUAGUCUCGUGCAUGGCUGAUAUGUCACUGAAUCCAGAUGUUGAAACAAGCCUACUUAGUGAAGUAGCAAUCACAUUUAAGGACAGCCAUGACCAAACUAUCACAGAAUUGAAAAAUCUAAUCAAGGACAAAAUUCGCAUGGUGAACAAGUGAUAGCAGCGAAAAUAGACAAAAAGAAACAAAAACAAAAAACUUAUACCAACGCCUAGAAAGCUAUUAAAAAUGAGAGAUGCAUACAUAUACAUAUACAUAGAUUGGGAUAGAGAAGAAUCGAAUUUUUGAAAUUAUUCAAAUUUCUUCAAUAUUUACAUAUAUAAAUAAUAAUGUAAUAGAAAUAACUUACUUUGAUAGUAUUGUUUGUACCUAAAAAAAAGAAACACACACACAGUUAUUUGAUUUAUUUGCCAAAGGAACCAAAAUUCUUUAAAAAUAACAUCCCAAAGUUUUUGCUGAAAAGAUGUUAAAAUUAGUUUUUAUAUAUACAUAUAUAUAUUUUUUAAUUUGUUGAUUCUUCUUUUUAUUUUAGGUACAUAAAAAAUACGUAUACUCUCCCGUCGUGCUCCCAAGGAAUGUGUUGUUCUAAAUUCAACUAAAAAAAAAUAAAACAAAACAAAACAAAAAUCCUAUUUAUUGAUAAUUAUGUUAAUUAUAUAACCUGCAAAACCCAAUUUGUUUUAAUAUUGAUAAUUAUAAGAAGUAGCUUUUAGAUAUUUCGUUUUUAAGUCAGUCUACAACAAACAAUAUGUUUACAUAAAAUAAAAGCAAACAAAAAUAAAUUAAACUAA